AUGGCGUCAACUCGCUUUUCAUCAAAUCUCCACACCGUUGUGUCAAGUCUUCAUCUGAUUUUUACAAUCGCAUCGGUUGCUUUUCUUUCUUUCAAAGUCUAUCACCUGGAGUGUGAGCUUUCCUUAAUUCGAGGAAAAGUUUUUUCAAGUGAAGGCGACAUAAAAGUGACCGAAGUGACCCCGCUGUCUGCAGAUUCAAAUAAUGAAGAGCUCAGAAGAGAAAGAAAUCGCCGAGAUGAUCAACAGAAGUUCAAAUCAUAUACAGGAGACAACCUCAAGGCAGCAUGUGUCCAGAAGUUGUUGGGCGAUCUUCAGGUAUCAAAUUGUUUCCCUUUAAUUUGUAGCAUUUUUGUACAAUUACUGAGCGAUCGAGUGAGUCAAGUUGCCAGUUUCCGUUCGGACAUAUCUAGGUAGUGCGUCAGUGUUGCGAGUGUGCGAGUGUGCGUACGUGAUUACUAGCCCUGGCACUUAUAAACUAUAGAAAAAGCGCAAAAAUUUGGAAUUAAGCAGUGCAUUAGAAAAGUGCAGCAACUUUUAGACCUUCGGCGUGAUUUUCUUUGAAUCCCAAUUUCCAUGACCCGUUGAGUAAUUAUAACAUCCACUACGGGAACCAUUUUGAACUAAUGGCACAGCAUAUCUCGUACGUAUCUAUAAUAAUAAUGAUGAUGGUUUAUUAAAAUACACAUGGUGGCAUAAAAACUAUGAAUUACAAUGUGCUUACAUAAGUUACAACUAAAAAUAAAAUUACAUUUGUUUCAGAGGGACCAGAGGGACUGGGAUUACAGGCUAUUUAUAAGUUAUUUACAAUUCAGAUAUAGAUAAAGGACAGUACUAGAGAUAACUAGACUCGUAAGAUUAGUUAAUUUUCGCCAUUGCUGGGAAAAAACUAGAACCGAAGCGUUUUGUUCUAUACUGGAAGCGGCUAGAACUGCUACUGUUCCUAAGAUGGUAAGAGUGGCAUUCGGAUCGCACGGGAGGGAGAAGGCGGUGCAGCUGGCCAUCCGGGUUAUUUUUGAUAUUGUUCUCCCUAUUUUACCACGUGCUGUUAGUUAGUCUCCCUCGCAGCCGUUUUUAGUAUCGUCACGCAACGCUCCUCGAGGAGCGUUGCGUGACGAUACUAAAAACGGCUGCGAGGGAGACUAGCUGUCAGUCAAAUCACUGAAAAACCUACCUAGACUGUUUCCCUUCCCUGAUUUCAAGUUAUAGUCCUGAUCUUGGUAUCUAAGCACCAAGGAGGGUUGGGUAGAGGUGGAGGCGGGAUAGAAGAUACAUUUGAUACUCUUUUACUCUUUUACAGCAUGGCAGCAAGCGCUCGUCGAUUUGACGAUGAUACGAAAAAGUAGAGGAUUGUAAACAGUCUUUCCCUAAAUUAAGAAAUCAUAUAGGAAAUUCCCUCGUGAGCUUCCGGAGUCUCGGUAGACUAACUAUAAGUAUAUGUUCACAGUGUAAGUUGCACUAGUACUAGGCUGAGUCAUCAACUGAACACAGUCGACCCACGAUCCAUUACAGUUUAACUUAUUUGAAUCUAAGGACCUCUUGCCUCGGGGGGCGGGGGGGGGAGUGCUCCCUUAUAUUUGUCUUAUAGGUAACGUAUGUGCCGCCCCAAAGGGUAUGGUUUGUGCGCCUUUUUGGUCUGAAAACGGCGGGCAAAGGCUUUGCCUAUUUUCGUCUGAAUUAGCGUUUGUUUUUCCAGGGACUGAAUACGCGUCAGAGUCCAUGAACGUAUUUGUCGUUUCAAGUCCAAAUGAAUAGGAAAGAAAGAGCAAUAUGCGAAUUCGAAAUGGAUUUUAAGAAAUCUUUUUGUUGGCGUUCUAAUCUAAGUAAUUAUAUCAUAAUUUCUGCCUACACUAGGUCUGAAAACGGGCAUGGAUCGAAUUUUGGUUUGAGACAGUAUUGUCAAGAUUUAUAGAACCAGGUUGCACAUCCCCAACACGAAUUCCCAGGAAUACCUCCCACGGGUACUGCACAAAUGUUUGUGAUCAUGUGAGAGAUUAGCCUGUAGUGCAGGCUUAUUUUGGGCGGGCGAAAGCUGCUUGUUUUUGUUCGCACUGUUGUAACCGCUAUCUUUGUUAUUACCGAGGAAGAUUAGGGAGAGUAAAAACCAUUUUCUCCCCUCUUUUCGAAAUUCAACAGGCGCUUUAGUUCGCAAGCAAAACAUUCGCGUGCCGGAAGAAAACGCCUGCACUGCAGGCUAGCGAGAGAUGGAUUAGAAUGAAAAUACCAAAUAUCUUGGUAUUUGCUUCGAGUUAUUUCUUACCAAUCUUGUAAAUAAUUGACUUGCAAUAAGUUAUGUCACGUUUAUAUUAUUAUGGUCUGGAAUAAUUUUUUCUUCAGGUCAUCGAUGAUGCAAUCAAUGGAACUGGAAAACUUGUCUGUAUGAGAGGUCAGUACAAAUUAAUCCAAAAAGCAUCCUUGAUNGGGCGAAAGCUGCUUGUUUUUGUUCGCACUGUUGUAACCGCUAUCUUUGUUAUUACCGAGGAAGAUUAGGGAGAGUAAAAAC